CGCCAGGCAGCAGUGACUCCAGUGUUUUGCUGUGAGCCGCUGAUGGGACAGAGGAGGCACUCACCUGGAGCUGGACUGUCCUCCACAGUGUUCCAGUUGACACAGAGGCGAUCAAACCACUAUGAAGAGUCUGAGGGCAAAGUUUAAAAAGACAGAGAGUCAGGACUGGAGUAAGGGUGAUGAGAGGCUUCUGCAGGCUGUGGAGCAAAAUGAGCCUGACAAAGUCUCUGCGCUCAUCGGCAAAAAAGGCCUCUGUCCCACCAAGCUGGAUGCCGAGGGCAAGUCAGCGUUCCACCUCUGUGCAUCCCGAGGCCGGCUAGACUGUCUGGAGGUCAUCAUCUCUCACGGAGCAGAACUCAAUGUCACUGAUGGCGCUGGUUUCAGCGCCCUUCACCUCGCAGCAAAAAACGGCCAAUCAGAGUGUUUAAAGAGACUUUUGCAGGAAAGAUUAGCAGUUGACUGCACAGACAGCAUUGGUAGGACACCACUUCAUCAUGCAGCGGUCAGUGGCUGUUUGUCCUGCUCUGAGACCCUGUGGGAUUUCAAAGCCAAUCUGGAUGUCCAGGAUGGGGACGGUGCCACCCCUCUGAUCUUAGCGGCUCAGAUGAGCAGAGUGGAGCUGUGUGUCUUUCUGUUGGGUCGAGGUGCCAAUGCAAACAUACAAGACAACCAGGGAAGGUCUGCAUUGAUGCUGGCGUGUGAGAGUGACAGUGUUGAGACCGUAGAAGCUCUACUGAGGGGCGGGGCCAACACACAGCUGGUUGACGCCCUUGGACAUAAAGCCAGUGACUACAGUGUAACCACGGGCAACCAACGCAUCAUGCAAGUAUUGCAGGAUGGAGUUCCUCCAGCUCCUGAGGGCGCAGGCGAGGAGCCCCCCCAAGUCCCCUCAGGUGCUUCAUCAAUGCAAGGGGGCACUACCCCCCGCAAACGGAAAGCUCCUCCACCGCCACGCUCUCCUUUGCAGAUCCCGGGUUUGCCACCCUCUCCACAGCCCCGUACUCAGCCUCCACCUGCCCAGUCCCCUGAGCCCCCGUCUGCUUCUCCCUCUCCCCAGCCUCCAGAAACACAGCAACCAGCCCAGGCAGAAGACGAGGAGGUGUUUGAGGAGAUUCGCCGGCUGCGUCUGGAAAGAGGCCGUCUGCUCCAGAAGAUCAAAGCCUUGGAGCAGCAGCAACAGAGCGCCAUCUCUGCCUUGGAGGAGUUGACCCAGCUGAAGCAGCGUCUACAGGAGGCAGAAGCAGAAAGAGACAAGCUGCUUGAGGAGCUGAAGGGAGGCCAUGGUAUGGGGGCCAGUGACUCUGAAGACAUGGAUGAAAUGUUGGACUUCCCAGAGAAGCUGCUCUCCAAGCGCUCCAGAGCGUCCCCUGCUCAGGACGAGGCCAUUUCUCAAGGAGACACAGACUCAGCCAACGCCUCUCCUUCCCCUGCAGACCCAGGAACUGUUGCUGAGCUGCGCAAACAAAUAGAGGAACUUACCUCACAAAACUCUGAACUAACUCUCAAAGUGCAGAUGCUGGAGAUGUUUGAGAAGGACGACACAGACAUGCAGACGUCCAGCUCAGACUUUGUCCCCAUAGCUCAGUAUGAGACCCUGAGGAAGGAGUUUGAAGCCCUCCAGGAGCGCCUCUCUCAGGCCCAGGCUUCGGACGAGGCCUCCAGCGUGGCAGAGGAGUGUGGUGAUGAGAAGUCUCAGGAAGGAGUUGCGGAUGCAGAGAGUAUGGAGGCCCUGAAGGAGAAGCUGCGAGGUCUAAAGGAGCAGUUGGCCUCCUCCCAGUCUGAGCUGGAGGAGCUGAAGGAGCAGAUGCGCCUUGGGGUGCUCUCUGUGGAGUGUGGCGAAGGGGAGUCUGCAGUAGCAGGUGCUGGGGCUGCAGAGGGGGGUCCGAGCCAAGAGGCACAGCAGCUGAGAGCGAGGGUGACGGAGCUAGAGGAGGAGCUAGCUAAGAGACAGGGCGAGGCAGGCGGUCAGAGCAGCCAGGACAGUGACACAAUCAAACAGCUGACAGAGGAAGUAGAAGAACUCCGUGCUGCUCAGGCCCAGAGAGAGUCUGCAAAGAAAGAAGGGGAGAAAGACGGCGAAGGAGAAGAGACGGAAACAGUGAAGGGCCUCCGGGACAAAGUUGCUGAGUUGGAGGCAGCCCUGGCAGAGAGCAGGACAUUGGGGAAAGAGGGAGGAGCAGCAGGAGAUGGAGAUCAGGUCCGACGUCUCCAGGAGCGUCUGGGAGAGCUGGAGGGGGAGCUGAGGAAGUGCGUGCCCCGCUCGGAGUUGGAGGAGGUGCAGGUGACUCUGGGGCUCCAGUGUGAGCAGCUGGCGAGGGAGAGAGCGGACGUGGCUAGAAGGCUUAAUGAUGCCCUCCUUGACCUGGAGAGACUCAGGCCUCCUCCACGCGGAGAUGAGGAAGAGGAUGAAGACGAGGAGGAGCACUCAGAGAGCUCAGAGCCCUCAGUCAUAUCAGAGCACUCCAGACGCACCAUGGCGGCAGUGAGAGAAGAACUGGAGGUGGCGAGACAGGAAGCAGCCCAGGCUCUGGACUGUCUGUGUGCCGAGCGGGAGGGCCGGGCACAGGACGCCCUGCAGCUGAAAGACGUAGUGCCGCUCUCGAAACAUAAGGAGGCGCUGUCUGCGGUGUCAGAGCAGCUAGCUCAGACGCUGCAGGAGCUCCAGGAGGAAAAGACUCUUCGUGGUCAGGCCGAGGAGCAGGCUGCCAGACUAGAGGCCAAACUGCAGGCCAUGCAGGAUGCCAUACCCAAAGAGGAGCAUGACAAGAUCAAGGCGGAGCUCCAGCGCUCCCUGCAGGCCAGUGAGAGCAGUGCAGCAGCAGCUCAGGAGGCUCUGAGUGAGAAGGAGAUGGAGCUGAGAGAGCUCAAGUCCCAGAAGGCUGCAGAGCAGGGUCUGAUCUCCAAGGAGGACCACGAGGCCCUGCGGCUCUCUCUGCAGGCCGAGAUCAACGCCGCCGCAGCCCGUUUUAAUGAUCUCACUCGCAAACAUGAGAAGACCUGCACCGAGGUGUUCCAGGUGCAAAGGGAGGCUCUCUUUAACAAGAGCGAGCGUCAGGCCGCAGAGUCCCAGCUGGCCACUGUGCAGCAGCAGCUAGCCGAGUUACAGGCGCAAUCCAGCCACAUCCAGGAGCUCCACAAGGGCAUCCAGGAAUCCCAGGGCCUGGUCAAGGAGAAGGAUCGCAAGAUAACAGAGCUCUCCAAGGAGGUGUUUCGGCUAAAGGAGGCCCUUGGAGCUCUGUCGCCUCCUCUGGGCAUCACCUCCUCAUCCUCCUCAUCUACACAUCAUGGUAACCCUGGGCAGCAAAUGGCACUGCAGAACAGGAUCUCCAUCCUCACACAGCAGCUCCAGGAUUGGGAGAGAAAGCACAAACAGGUGGUUACGGUGUACCGGUCACAUUUACUGGCAGCUGUACAG